GGCAAUAUACUUCACAAAAAAGAUCUACAACAGCACCUUAAAAGGUCAUUAUAUCAGAGAUGUUCUCAUUUCUGAUUUGGAGAUAUUGUGUUGUUUAGAGAGUGUUGUAACAAAAAUAUUGGUAGUAAACUCGCAGGUGGCACACAGCAUACAUUCGCCGCUGUGUUUGGAUAAACAUAACAUAACCUCCCUAACCUGCACCAAACUGCUGCGCCUGGGCAAUAUCUUUGGAACAACUGGGAACUGGGUUUCUGUUUUGGCGUCCUACGUACAAGGACUUUUAUACAGGAUGAUGAUAUGCUCGGAUGACACUCAUCCCGAUGCAGUUGUAACUUGCCCCUAUGAUGAUGCCCACAAAAUUGCUAGAGGAAGACUUCAAAGGCAUCUUGUCAAGUGCGAAAAGCAUUUUCCAGAAGGUUAUUUGGAAAUAUGUCCAUACAAUGCAACUCACCGAUUAUUUAAAGCACAAAUGAAGGAGCAUAUUCUUGUAUGUCCAAUGCGAAGACUACUCCAACCGUCAGUAUAUCAAAGUUCUAUGCGUACCAAGGAUUACAUCUCAAACCGAUUAAAUUUUGAAACAACUAACACAAUUGAUUUUAUCGAACCUUGGAGUGAUGAUGAAUCGGAUUGCCAGUCAAGGAAACAGGAAACUGAAUCUCUAGCUUCAGUGGAAACUUAUGAAAAAACUGCGGACGAAAGAGAUUCAGAUGAUUACGAUUACUCUAAACCACUGAGACGACCUUUUGGAUAUUCUGAGGUGAUGAUGAUGGAGGUAAACAAUUCCAUGGAAGAUGUAGUAGAUGAUAUGAUGUCAAUCUCUAGUGGCAUGGGAAUGGGAAGAGGAAGAGGUAUGGCGAAGCCAUCAGAGAAACAUCUAUUUAAAAAAAUUGGCAUGGGUCGAGGUAAAGGCACUAUUUCAUUCAAAAAUCUGUGAUAUUUUUCUCUACAUUCUUGUUCAUUUUUACCAGAAGUUUGAUAAUUAAUUUUUAUAUAUAUAUUUAUCUAUUAACUUGAAUCAGAAACUGCACAAUCUGGGUAUAUUUAUCCAGUAAUUUACAAAUUUCAAUGAAGAAAAUAAUUGAAUAACGUAUUAAUGAAUGAACUGUUUAUGCAACCAUGAUUAUGAAAUUCGCAAAUCAGAAGCCCCCAAUUAUCUUUACAUAAAUGGGACAUUCUGUAAUCUUUAUUAAAAGAUUAUAAUUUUUGUAUAUAUUUUUGUAUGAUAAAAUAUGGUAGACUUCAAUUUUGUAUUUAUUAAAAUGCGUUCAUAAUUUGACUUUUUUUGACUCAUCUUUUGAAUGUGAUCAAUACCAAUUUCAGUUUCAAAUAAAUGAUUUUUGUUGUAA